GAGCCAAGACAAGAUGCCUGGAUGGAAACACUCUGCAAGACUAAUAGAAAUCAAAGCAGCACAUCAUGAAUGUUACUGAACUAUAUCUCCUUUGUAGUCAGCAGAGCAUGGGCUCUAUGAAUGAAAAUGUGUUGUAGUGUGUUAAGUCCUGAUUGGCAUCGCAUGGGUUAAAGAGGAGCCAAAUCCAGGCUGGAGGGCAGCACCAUGCUCUCCUCAGGAAGAUGCUGCAGCUGUAGAUGUGUGGAUGGGGAUGGUAUAUUGGCACCAGGAAACUUAUGUGUUGGCAACAAGAGGUCCAUUUCUGAGUCCGGAAGACCAGCCCACUCCUUAUGAGUAGCAUUGCACCCCGUGAAGAGAUCCAGUCCUGUUCCUGACAAGUGCACAGAGAUGAUGGAGGUGAAUAGGACUUGUCUUGACUGCUGGACACCUGGUGCUGCUGGCACAGAGGGAGAUAGAGAGGACCAACCCUCUCCUGGGCUGACCAUUGCUUUGGCAGUUGUCCUCAUCUUCACCAUCAUUGUGGACAUCCUAGGCAAUGUAUUGGUCAUUCUUUCAGUUCUCAGGAACAAGAAACUACAGAAUGCUGGCAACAUCUUUGUGGUGAGCUUAUCUGUUGCAGAUCUAGUAGUGGCGAUAUACCCAUAUCCAGUUAUCCUAAUAGCAAUUUUCCAUAAUGGAUGGACACUUGGAAAUAUUCAUUGCCAAAUCAGUGGUUUUAUCAUGGGACUAAGUGUCAUUGGUUCUGUCUUCAACAUUACAGCCAUAGCCAUUAACAGAUAUUGCUACAUCUGCCAUAGCCUGCGGUACGACAAGUUUUAUAAUCAGAAAAGUACCCUUGUCUACCUUUGUCUAACUUGGAUACUGACUGUUAUUGCAAUUGUGCCAAACUUUUUUGUUGGCUCUUUACAGUAUGACCCUCGGAUUUUCUCAUGCACUUUUGCGCAAACAGUCAGCUCUUCAUACACAAUAACAGUGGUUGUGGUGCAUUUUCUUGUCCCAUUGGCUGUGGUGACAUUCUGCUACUUAAGAAUAUGGGUUCUGGUUAUUCAAGUCAAGCACAGAGUAAGACAAGACUCUAAGCAGAAGUUGACACCAACAGACCUACGGAAUUUUUUGACUAUGUUUGUUGUGUUUGUCCUCUUUGCUGUCUGCUGGGGACCAUUAAACCUCAUUGGCCUUGCUGUAGCCAUUAAUCCUUUUCAAGUGGCUCCAAAGAUCCCAAAAUGGCUAUUUGUGUUGAGCUAUUUCAUGGCCUACUUUAACAGUUGUCUCAAUGCUGUAAUCUAUGGUCUGCUUAAUCAAAACUUUCGCAAGGAAUACAAAAGAAUAUUGAUGUCAUUGUGGAUUCCAAGACUCCUGUUUAUUGACACAUCAAGAGGUGGAACUGAAGGAGUUAAAAGCAAGCCAUCUCCAAUUGCAACCAAUAACAACCAGGCUGAUAUAUGUGUAUAAGCACAUUGGACGGCCAUUUUGUAUGAGUUGUGCUCAUUUUUCCAAAUUAUGUUUAACAUUUCUCACUAUGUGCCUGUUACCAUGCACUUUGUCUUAAUACUUAAGGAAAACAUAAUUAUCUUCU